AUGGUUCUCAUGGACAUAUCUCUAAGCAGUUCUUCUGACACCAGUUUCGCGCGUUCCGGACUUCAUUAUUCCCUUCGCAGCCCUGCCAACUUUAACUGGCCUUGUCUCUGGUUCCACUCCUCUUCCCCAGAGGCUGUGCGUGGCCUGAUCGCCAAUACUCCGGACCGCAUUCACUCAUUGGUCACAAGUGCUCUCCAACACUUUUGGAGUUUUCGUUCCACCAGUGACGGUGGCUUCGAGGCUGCUCUGCGCAAUGCCCAACCUCCCGAAUUGUUCUUUGCAGAGUACUCCGAUGAAGAGGAUGUUGCACUAGCGACUACUGGAAAACCCGUAACCUUUGUGAACCGGAUGCUCGUUUUUGAGUACCUUCGGGAGCUUCUGCUGCGUAUUUACGAUGGUGAGGAUGUGGAAAAACACUCCAGUGUUAAGCCCGAAAUUACCAGCUCCCAAUUUCGUCUCUGGAAGGGAAUGUCUAGGCCAACCUCACUGGAACGACUGUCGUCCCUGGUCACACCCCACCUCCAGAGCGACCUCGCUUUGAACCUACAGCAGUCGUCGCCGCUAGCACCAUCCACUGCCUCCUCUGCCGCCGCUGCCGCUGCUUCACAAUUUCAGCGCAUGCCGAAGCUCACGCAGUGGACACUUAAUCGGAAGAACUGGUUGGACCAACUGCUUGAAUUAGAGAUGCGGACAGACGAAGCCACAUGGAUUAACUAUGCUGCCUACGAGGAGGAAAUCAAGCAGAGCCUGGUAACCCAGGUGCUUGACGAGUUGCUGGAAAGCGCGGUAUGCACGGUCUUCGAGACGGCUAAGGACCUCGUGGGCGCCAGCAGCAGAAACGGCACCAUCUCGGCAGCCGAGCUCAGUGAUCUCUGUCUCUUGAUUUCUCAUCGACACUCCCUCUCUCCCCCAGCCCCCGCCUUCGUCCCGGUGUUUCCGCCGCCUGGCGCCACCACGAUUUCCCACCUCAUACUCAUUCAUGCCUUCCAAGUAUUUGUGAUAUUCAGGUUUGCCCUUCAAGGCGAGCAAGACUCCAAACCACCCCCCCCUUACAGCUCACGCUGUGUUUCAUGCAGUCUUGUGUAA